UCAGUUUGGUUUCAGAAGUUCGAGAGAGCCGCAAAAGUUCAGGGCAGUUCGUGAUAAAAAUCGAGGGAAAAGAAAAUCGGACCGAUAAAUUGUCGAAUUCUGCUCAGUGUGUCGCAUACACUAAUUUAUACGAUAACUCGAAACGUACAGUACGAUCGUCCAGGACUGCCAAUACUUUGCAAUCUAAACCUCAGCAAUGUACACUGUUCGAUUCCCGGUAAAGUGUUAAAGUCAGGGAAGAAUUGUCAUAGAGGAAACUACCGCAAUGAAAACGAUUCACAUUGGUUGGAUAUUAUAAUAACGGUUGCGCGUAUCUCCCUUGGGGUUUUGCAAAUUCCGUGGAAAUCCUGGCAAUUACUCAUCAUUUCCAGACCACAGCAUCUCAUCUGGUUUUAAUUUUUAUCCGUCUCAACGUUUGAGAGUUCGUAAAGCGAUAGAAGGUGCAAUUUUCAAAUCCAAUAGGCAAGGGUUCGCUGCAGGAAGCAUCGAUAUCGAGCGUUUCCAUUGCAGUUUCAUUGAAGCACACUUAUAAAACGGAAAAUGCCUCGGUUUUCAUAAAAAGCAUUAAUGCAAGUAUCGGAUGUGUGGCGGAGAACGGAAACAGAUAAGAUCGUGUGCGGUGACGACUAAGCGAUCUUCGCAUCGGACUUAAGAGCGGUGAUGUCAGUGUCGCUCGUUAUUCUAGUUAAGAGUCGUUCACUGUUUCAUUUGAACGUACGUAUCAACGAAAUCGACAUGUUAACGCUGCUCUACCCCAACGGAAUUGCCAACAAUUUUAAUUGGUUCACAGUGAAUCCAGAGUGGAAUGCAGAUAGUUGAGCGAGUGCGCUAAAUAUAUGGCAGAUGUGUUUAAUAAACAUAGAGGAUCGCGCGUGGAUGGCGGUGUUUAAAUCACGACUACGCAACAGCACGCAAGUCUGAGAGUGAGAGUGAAUUUUCCCUUGAUUUCAUCUCACCGUAUUGCAAUCACACAUGGAUACGAUUAGACGCAGAAUGUCAAGUCCGAACCGGUUCAAUAUUUUUGGCAGACUAUCGGGACGUCCUACGAGCCUGCAGGAGAAUCCUAGUCCGGAUGAAAAUAAAAGGCCUCAAUCUGUCGUCGUCAAUUUCAAGGAGAACGAAGAUAUCAGAGAUGCAGAAUCCUGCCACAGUAGCAUAUCUUCCGAAGACAGUGCGGAUCUAGGAGUGUUUGCCUGUGCAAGACAGCGUCCCAAGUCGCAACAGCUGUGGGAAAAAGAGGAUAUAAUUUUGGCAUUGUCUGCUCUGCCGGCAGGAGAGGCGGCACUGGCACUGAUUCCUUCGCUCCACGGAGAUGAUCUGACGACGGCAUUGCGAGAAAGUCAAAAUCUCAAUGUUGGAGAUACCAGUAUAAGGGGGCACAGGCUAUCGACUCCUAGUUUUGUUAAUCGGUACAUAAGGAAAGCGUCACUGGCUGCAGAAAACGACGCAGCUGCAGCGGCAGCUCCUGGUGAGCUGAUUUCCAAAUGGCCAAACACUUGUCUGCUUGUAUCCUGUUUCUUUGGAAAGUUAGAGCUGGUAAAGUACCUGUUGCAGAGAGGGGCACGUGUUGACGCUUGCGAUGGUGACGGCAGAACGCCCCUGCACUUGGGUGCAUGUUCAGGUUCGGUUGAAAUAAUCGAGGAGUUGUUGAAAUAUAAUGGCAACCCGGAAGAGUGGGAUGUGAACAGAAAGUGCACUCCGCUACACUGUGCAGCAGCAGCUGGGGAUGUCAAGUCUGUCAAGCUGCUGCUGAAAUCUGGUGCCAACGUGGAUGCCGGUCUGUCAGGGAACAGCAUGGACCAUGAGAAAACUCCGCUGCACUAUGCAGUCCUAAAUGACGCCAGCGAUUGCGUAGAAGAGCUACUGAGGGCGGGUGCUUCUCCAAAUAAUUCAGUGGUUUACACGGAAACGCCGUUGCACGUUGCAGCCAGUUUAGGCUCAGCACGUUGCGUAAGUCUUUUGUUGAACUACGGUGCAGACGUAAGGGUACAAUUUGGAAGUGCAAGAUCGACGCCGUUACACUUAGCUGCGGAAGAAGGUAGCGCAGAUUGCACGAAGUUACUAUUGGAAGCAGGAGCACCGUCCGAUGCACGGAAUGCCAGAGGUCAGUCAGCAAUGCACUUGGCAGCGUUGGCCCAGUCUGCUGAAACGGUGGAUCUCCUGAUUAAAGCCGGCAGUAGCGUUAAUAUGGAAGAUAGCGACGGUAGAACACCACUGCACGCCGCCGUCGCCAAAGCUAUGAGGGGUGGAGAAUUGGUGAAAGCGUUAAUCCAGGCAGGAGCUCUGGUGAACAAGCCCGACAAGUACGGAUAUACACCGCUGCAUACAGCUGCUUUGAACGAAAAUUCGUCACUGGUCACACUGCUGCUGACCAAAGGUGCGGAUGUUACGGCGCGCACGAAGGGAGGAAUUUCGGCACUGUGUUUCAUCGUGCGUAGAACCCCCAACGUAUUGCCAAAAUACGUGGGGCGACUCGAUCAGGCUAUUUCUUUGCAUGACCAUGAACUGGGCGAUGUAGACUGCGAGUUGAAGCUGGAUUUUAGACCCCUGAUGACCGGUGGUCGAGGCGAGGCAGAGUUAUUUCUUUGUUUGAUCGAAGCUGGCCAGAGACAUAUUUUGAAACAUCCGCUAUGCGAAACCUUCUUGCACUUGAAGUGGUUGCGUAUCAGGAAAUUCUUUGUGUUUAGCCUAAUUUUUCACUCUCUGUUCGCGAUUAUACUCAGUAUUUACAUUUUCUUAACAUUCUAUAUGGAAUGGUACAAGUGGAGUAAAUUUCUUUACUGGCCUGUGCUUGGGUUCACAUGUACGCUAGCGUGUAAAGAACUUUUCCAAGUAGCUCAUGGCAUAACAGGUUACGCAAAACGCUGGGAAAAUUGGCUGCAGUGGAGCGUCAUUAUUAUUUCUGCGAUAGUUUUAAUCUGGCAGGGCACAACCUGGUCCCUACAUGCCGCGGCAAUAGGUGUUACAUUAGUCUGGGUUGAGCUCAUGAUAGUCGUUGGCCGAUUUCCAAUGUUCGGCCUUUACAUACAAAUGUUCACACAAGUCGCGGUAAACUUUUUUAAAUUCCUUGGUGCCUAUUCAUGUUUAAUAAUCGGUUUUUCAUUAGGUUUCACAGUGAUUCAUAAGGACUACAAGUCAUUCGCAAAUCCAGGGGUGGGAUUGAUAAAAACAAUUGUAAUGAUGUCGGGAGAGUUGGAAUUUGAAGACAUGUUCUGGAAUGCCACGGAUAUCUCAAUCGCGCGUGGCGCUACUAUGCACCUCAUGUUCUUAGUUUUCGUUAUAUUGGUCACUGUGAUUUUGACAAAUUUACUGGUAGGUCUUGCCGUUUCCGACAUACAAGAGCUGCAGCGCUGUGCCGGCUUAGAGAGAUUGAUUAGAAGAGCCGAGCUGGUGGCACACUUGGAAAGUUUGUUGUUCUCAAAACUCUUGGAUUACACUUCUAUAAAAAUAGUAAGGAUAUUUCGUAAAGGAGCCUUACUGUUGCACCCCCCGCAUCACUGUGGUGUAAACAUUCGCCCCAAUGAUCCGAGAGAUAAAUGUCUUCCAAGAGACUUGGCGAAAGCUGUGUAUCACUUGGUUGCAAAGAAAAAACUUCGCAACAGAGUACCCAGAUACCCGUCAAAUCAAAGCUUGAUUAGUACGAGUGCCGGAGACAUAAGAAUGAGCAAAAUUCAGAGAUUUCCCUCGACUAGUGAAUACAGCAGACAGCAGGUUACUGAAUUAGUUGCUGACCUGAAGAAAUGCUCGGGUAAAUUAGGAACGCAAUUAGACGUGUUGACAAAAAGAAUUGAACUCAUCGCCCAAGAAAUGGAUCAAAACGGUUAAUGAUCAGCUGUGAGAAGUGUAAGUUACGAGAUGGACUAUAAAUACUCACCAACAACUUUGUUCCGAAUCGUUUACCAUCUUGCAAAGUUAUCGUAGCAUUUUGACCCGGCGUUGUUGGUAGUGAAACAUCAUCCACCUUGGCACCGUAGACUAGAUCCACGGAAUCCUUAUUCGAGAGUUGCUGGCUGACGGCGUGAAGCAGCAGAUCAUUUUCCACUAUGUAAGCCAACCCGUCUGCCAAAUGAUCCUCGUUGAAUGUGAUCAUAGCAUCGGAACAAGCAUCCCACACCUAUACAUAAACUAACGUUAACAUGCCUAUUCAAUUAUUAGAUAGUAAGAUUGAUCCUACAAACAGUCCAAGCAAUUUUCCAACUUGAACCGAACGAUGAUUGUACGAGGUAAAAUAAAAGCUAUUCCAACCAUUUUAA